AUGAGCGCAUGCCGUGUGCAAGCGAAGGCGGUCUUCGCUCAUUUCAUGGUCGGUAACGUUGACGCCUACAGUGUCACCGACUGGCAAAAGGACAUUCAAUUAGCCAAAGACGCCCACAUCGAUGCCUUCGCCUUGAAUAUCGCGAACAACGGCGGCUACGCAACUCAGCUUUCCAAUGCUUUCACCGCUGCCAACAACGUCGGAGGCUUCAAGCUAUUCUUCUCCUUCGAUUAUGCAGCCCAAGGAGCAUUCAACCAACAGGAUGUUAUCAAUCUCGUCAACCAGUACAAGAACAACGGGGCGUACUACAAAUAUAAUAACAAGGCAUUUGUGUCAACCUUCGAAGGCCCUGGAAACUCUGGUGACUGGAGCAACAUCAAGUCCCAGACUGGCUGCUUCUUCAUUCCUGACUGGUCAUCAUUGGGUGCUCAAGGUGCUAUUAGUCGUGGCGUUGCAGAUGGCCUUUUCAGCUGGGAAUCUUGGCCGAACGGGCCGAACGAUAUGACUACAGCACCGGACAACUCUUACAAGAGUGCUCUCGGUGGUAAGCCCUACAUGAUGCCUGUCUCUCCGUGGUUCUAUACCAACCUGCCAGGUUACAACAAGAACUGGCUCUGGAGAGGCGAUGACUUAUGGUACGAUCGAUGGAACCAGGUCAUGUCCAUACAACCGGAGUUUGUUGAGAUCAUCACAUGGAAUGACUGGGGAGAAUCUCACUACAUAGCGCCGCUGGACGAAAGACAGUUUGGGCUCUUCAACUAUGGAAAGGCACCUAUCAACUACGCCCAGAACAUGCCUCACGACGGCUGGCGUAUGUUCCUUCCCUACGUCAUCGACAUGUACAAGAAUGGCCAGGCCUCGAUCUCAGCAGAAGGCCUCGUUUCCUGGUACAGACUCACGCCUGGCUCUGCAUGUUCCAGCGGAGGUACCACCGGUAAUUCGGCAAGUCAAGGACAGACCGAAUAUCCUCCUGCACAGGUCGCUCAAGACAGAGUCUUCUACUCUGCGCUUCUGAAAUCAUCUGCUGAUGUGAAAAUCACUAUCGGCAGCACAACUAUAACCGGAACAUGGGAGAACACUCCAAGUGGUGGAUCAGGUAUCUAUCAUGGUAGCAUUCCUUUCCAAGGCACUGGGUCCGUAACCGUCGUGAUCUCCAGAAAUGGCAACACAAUUGCUCAGAUGAACGGAGCAGCCAUCACUAACAGCUGCUCCAACGGCAUCGAGAAUUGGAAUGCAUGGGUUGGAAGUGCUACCGCCACCACCUCCGGAUCCGGUGGUGCAGCAAAUCCUUCUUCGUCCACCAAAGCUUCCUCCACCUUGAAGACAUCUACCACCGCCCCUGCUUCUACACCUACCAGUGGAGGGGGAAGCAGCAGCUCGUUCUGUACUGCCGGCACUGGAGAGGGCAACCUAGCUGGACUGUGUAGCUUCUCUUGCAACUAUGGCUUCUGUCCGUCAAACGCCUGUAAGUGUACCCAGAGAGGAAACCAGAUCAACGCACCAGCCGCUAGUACUACUCUCGGUUUCCCUGUCGCCGGUCAAGACGUUGCACUUUACAGCGCGCUCUGUGAGUUCACUUGCAGCCAUGGAUACUGCCCUUCAGGUGCUUGCACUUCCGAUCCUUCAAAGGCAGCCAAUGGUGACGGCUCUAUCUGCACUGGCGGUACUGGAAACGGCAAUCUGGCUGGACUUUGCAGCUUCUCCUGCAACUACGGGUUCUGCCCAAGCAACGCCUGUUCUUGCACAUCCAAAGGAAGCCAGAUUAACCCACCUGCAAGCUCAAACACUCUCGGCUUCCCAGUCGCUGGCCAAAAUGUGGCCCAGUACGCUGGUCUCUGCGAAUUCACCUGCAGUCAUGGCUACUGUCCUUCAGGCGCCUGUACCUCGGAUCCUUCCAAGGCUGCUUAG